AUGUUGUCAAAGCUAGUUACUAGUCUUCUCUGCGUAGCAGUUUUCAUUCUCAUCGUUGACUUUAAUUCGUCUUUAAGUUACGAAUUUCGCAAUCAAUCGUGGUUUGUGUUCCAUUAUUGUCGCCUGAAUGCGAUCAGUCGUGAGAAGGUCAUACUCAACCUAAAUGGAACUGUUCUACAUCCGGCCAAUAACAUAAAAGUUCAUGUCAAGCUGCUUAAGAAGGCCAACGGAUUUAAGCCUUGGUUACUUGUCCUUUUGUUCGAUAUCUUCAAGGAUUUAUCCAACCUAAACCACACAUUAUCAUUCCGUAAGUACUUAGGCGCUUUUAAAUUGGAUAAAUUUAACUAUAAAUUGUAUAACCUAUAUGACCUAUUAACUUUAAUGUGGAUGUUCGACAAAAAAAUCCAGUUCGAUACCAAUGUUACUUUUGUUUAUGCAGAGGAUCUCAUUAACUCAUAAUCAGCUUCUCGACUAACUGGUACCCAUUAUUCAGCUGGUGGGAUUACAUUU